UGGUUAGAGCCUUGAAACAUCCUGCCACCUGCUGUGGGCCACAGACAGAGAACAGAGAAGGACCAGAUUUAGACACAUCAGACCAACUAUUCAACUACUACACAGUCAGAAAGGUAAUCAGAAGUAAGUUAAUACUGUAAGUAAAAGUACGUUAGAAUCAUAGAUAUUACAAUAAGAGGUCAGACAGACUGAAUUAGUUGAUUAAUUGGGAUAAUCAUUAAAAUAAGGUUAGUUAAGAUGGUCGACUACGUCAACAAACAGGUUAUUGAAUUAAACGAGAACAGAGCAACGAGGAGAAUGACGACUGAGACCCAUCUCUCAGAUGGAAGAACAAGAGUUUACAGGCUUGCUGCUGUGUGUUUUGGGAUGCUGUGUAUUCUACAAGUCACUCUCAACAUCUUCCUGAAGCUGGCUUUCUGUACUGAAAGAGUGGUGGAAGAGAAGGACAUGGCGGUCCCAAAUAGGACUGGGUUGGGGUGUCCUGAAGGAUGGAGGCUGUCAGGAUCCAGCUGUUACUUCCUGUCUACUGAGAGGAAAACCUGGGAGGAGAGCAGACAAGACUGUUUAGAGAGAAAAACAGACCUGGUGAUUGUAAACAGCAUAGAGGAACAGAAAUUCCUCACUGAAUUAAACAUGAAUAUUGAUAGUGUCUGGAUCGGUCUGACUGAUAUAGAGACAGAGGGGACCUGGAAAUGGGUGGACGAUACACCACUGACCACAAGGUACUGGGGGAAAAACCAGCCGGAUAAUGGUGCUAUUCUUAUAAUACACAUAGGAGAGGAAGACUGUGUUGAGAUUAAUUAUCGGUAUCCUGGCACUGUAAAUAAAUGGAACGACAUAAGAUGUAACUCUCAAUUUAACUGGAUUUGUGAAAGGGUGAUUUAACAAGCAAUAGCUAAUUAUGUACAGUAGCAUUGCAUGCAUGCAUGCCUGCCUGCCUGCCUGCCUGCCUGCCUGCCUGCCUGCCUCUCUCUCUCUCU